UUAAAAUUCCAAGCUGUCCUUGAAGGCAGCACGGCUGCGUUUCACUCUUCGCCCAAACAGCUCUCCGUUGCAGCCAUUUUGGUUUGGACCCGCAGCACUGGGGGAGAAACUGACUGGGAGAAAAGGUGAGAUCACAGAGAGGAGUGAUGUGGGACCAGGGAGGACAGCCCUGGCCGCAGUGGCCUCUGAGCCAGCAGCAGUGGAUGCAGUCUUUCCAACAUCAACAUGAUCCAGGUCAAGUGGACUGGGCUGCUCUAGCACAGGCAUGGAUAGCCCAGAAGGAAUCGACAGGACCUCCACCACAUAGUGUUCAGCCCAAUGGCCAGGACAUCCCGAGCGUUGAGCCUGUCGGGCAGAGUAACCAUGGAAACUUCCAAGGGGAUCCACCAUUUAACAGAGUGUGGCAGCCAAGCACAGAGUGGGGAGUCCAUGGUCAGCCCCCGCCUCCUCCGCCCCCCGACCAGCCCUGGAUCCCCCCAGUGUCGGCCCCGAUCGAUGUGGUGAACCCCCGAGAGGACAGCAACAGCCAGGACAGCGUGGAGUUCAACUCGGAGACCCACCACGGGAGUUACCCCCAGAACAGCCACGGGUUUGGGGCGCAGUCGGAGAGCUUCACCGUCACCCCCAUGGCCAUGAACCAGUUUGACUAUCAGCACGGAGCUGCCUCAUCCUUCACCCCCACCCCCUCAGGCUUUCCAUCCCAAUACUGGCAAGGACCUCCACAGAACAGACGAGAGUCUCGACCCCCCGGCUUUAGGGACCGGCCCAGAUCCCCCAUCCAGCUGCCCGUCAAAGCGGAGGUCCCAGCACCGCUGGACGCAGUUAAAAGGCGCACGCUGCCGGCCUGGAUCAGAGAGGGCCUUGAAAAGAUGGACCGGGAGAAGCAGAGGAAGCUGGAGCGGGAGCGGAUGGAAAAAGAACGGGCAGAAAUGGCGAAGGAUACGAGCAAAGCGCACGACGCUGACGAAGCAGGAGAUGGGCCGCGCCUGCCACGCAAAAGCAAAUUUGAUAGCGAUGAUGAGGGAAAUGAAGACGAGGACAAAGAGGAAAAGCCCUCCGAUAAAAGAGAAUUUGUGAUGCGCUCACCGUCACCUCCUGCAGAGGACAGUGAACCAGAACUGACUGAGGACUUGAAGGAAGAGCUGCUGAUGGGCAUCACUAAAACCCUCCUGACUGAAAUCCUGCUCGGGGUCACUAAUGAAGAGAUUCUGGGCGUGGCCAGGGAGACACACAGGAAAGCCACCCGAGCUCCUGCAAAACAGCUGGCACAGUCAAGUGCACUGGCUUCUCUGACCGGCCUCAGCGGCCUCGGAGACUACGGGUCCGAUGAAAGCGAGGAUGACGACGUGGUCCAGGGUUCUGAGUCCUCGGAUACAGACGACGAAGAGUUGCACCACAGGAUCCGAGAGAAGCAGGAUGCUUUCCGCCGCAAGGAGCGAGAGAUGCAGCAGCUUCAGGAGAAACAAGCACAAGAGGUUCUUCUAGCCCGUGAGGAGAUGGCGAAGGAAAGGUUAAGCAAGGAAAGGGGGGAAUAUGAUGAGGGCCACGUAGAAAACCCACACAAACAGGAAGUGAAGGACAGGGAGCCCGAGGCCGUGGCAGACAGGCGUAGGUCCCGCAGCGAGAGGGAGGGCAGCGAGGCCAAGCACCCGGGCAGGGCGAAGGAUCAGGCCGGCCGGGGCAGAAGCGAUUCUCCCGCCAACGGCCAGAGCAGCAGCUCCCGCUCCACCUCCAGCCGCAGCAGCUCGCCGUCUUCCUCCUCGUCCUCCUCUUCCACGUCGUCCUCUCGCAGCUCCUCGCGCUCUUCCUCUCCCCGGAGGAAGAGGAGGCGCAGUCGCUCCUCCUCCCGCAAGGCCCGCCGCCGCAGUCGGAGCCGCAGCGCGCACAGGCAUCGCAGCGAGAAGGGGAGGGGCAGGAGAAGGGACAGCACGGGGCGCCACAAGAAAGAGCGCAGUGACUCCAGGGAGCGCCGGAGGGGGCGGAGCAGGUCCAGAUCUAGAUCCAGAGGCAGAGGCAGGGCCAGGGACAGCCGCAGUCGCAGCAGAGACAGGGGGAGGGACAAGGAGAGGAAGAGGAGCAGGGAGCGCAGGGACAGCAGCCAGAGCCGCAGCAGCAAACACAAGCAGAAGGCUUCCAGCAAAGACAGGGACAAGAAGAGGGAGAGGAGUCGAAGCCACGACCAGGACAAGAAAAAGAAGGACAGGGACAGGGACAGGGAUGGAGAUAAAAAGAAGGAGAAGCCGAAGGCUAAAGAGAAGGAGAAGGGAAGCUCCGCAGGCGCCGAGGAAAACGGUAAAUCAAAGAAAAGGAAAGAGAGCGACUCGCGCACAGACUCGCAACGAGACAAGUCGUCUCGGCAAGACAGCAAAUCCAGCAAGAAGGGCUCCAGCAAGGCUAGUAAGAGGCACUCAGACUCUGACUCCAGUAGAUCCCCCACCCCGGAAGUUAGCAAAGAAAAGAAAUCUAAGAAAUCCAAACGUAGUCGCUCAAGGUCGACGGAAAAAUCUCACAAGUCUGGUAAGAAGGCAAGCCGCAAACACAAGUCUAAGUCGCGAUCAAGGUCAGCUUCCCCUCCCCGUCGUAGCAGGCGCUGAGGAGCACAGCUUAAGUCCAGAUCUGUGCACCCAACCAUUUGAAUUCCAUGAGUUGAGCAGGCUUGUCUCAUUAUAGAGGCAGUUGUGUAGGUGAACACCCCUUCAUUCAUUUCUUUUACUGUAAAUAUCUUCUUUUUAAAGUGUGACUGAAAAACAUUUUGAAUGGUGGUCUUCUUAAUGGAAAGUAGAAGAGCCCACACUACAAACUGAAGCUGGCGUUAAAAAUCAUGGCAGGAUUAUCUUCCACACACACUCACACCCAAACACACACACACACACACACACACACACACACACAAACUGUUGUAAGAUGUCCAAUAAAACUGUUUGUUCAUUG